AGGGUCGGUCAAGGAGUGCGAAGAGAACCAGUUCCGGUGCCGAAACGAGCGCUGCAUCCCCUCCGUGUGGAGGUGCGACGAGGACGACGACUGCUCCGAUAACAGUGACGAGGACGACUGCCUCAGCCUCCAGGUUCAUUCUCAGACCAUCACGACACAACUCGAUGAACAUGAGUUUGAGCAAGCUCCUGAAGUUGGUGAUGGACAGGGAAGCCUGGCACGCUGCAGCCCUUGGGAUUGCAAAGAGUUGGACACAACUGAGCGACCAAGCUGAACUGAACUGAUCCCAGAUUUGGCCGUGUGACAUGGCCAAGAAGACCUGUGCAGACAGCGACUUCACCUGUAAUGACGGCCACUGCAUCCGAGAGCGGUGGAAGUGUGAUGGCGAGGAGGACUGUUCAGAUGGCUCCGACGAGUCGGAGGCCACGUGCACCAAGCAGGUGUGUCCUGCAGAGAAGCUGAGCUGCGGACCCUCCAGCCACAAGUGUGUGCCGGCCUCGUGGCGCUGUGAUGGGGAGAAGGACUGCGAGAGCGGAGCGGAUGAGGCUGGAUGUGCCACAUUGUGCGCCCCGCACGAGUUCCAAUGCAGCAACCGCUCGUGCCUGGCCGCCGUGUUCGUGUGCGACGGCGACGACGACUGCGGCGACGGCAGCGACGAGCGCGGCUGCGCCGACCCGGCCUGCGGGCCCCGCGAGUUCCGCUGCGGCGGCGACGGCGGCGCCUGCAUCCCCGAGCGCUGGGUCUGCGACCGCCAGUUCGACUGCGAGGACCGCUCGGACGAGGCGGCCGAGCUGUGCGGCCGCGCGGGCCCCCGCGCCACGCCCGCGCCCGCCGCCUGCGCCGCCGCCGCCCAGUUCGCCUGCCGCAGUGGCGAGUGUGUGCACCUGGGCUGGCGCUGCGACGGUGACCGCGACUGCAAGGACAAGUCGGACGAGGCCGACUGCCCACUGGGCACCUGCCGUGGAGACGAGUUCCGGUGCGGAGAUGGGACUUGUGUGCCUGCCAUCAAGCGCUGCAACCAGGAGCAGGACUGUCCAGACGGGAGUGAUGAAACUGGCUGCCUGCAGGAGUCAACAUGUGAGGGUCCCCGCAGAUUUCAGUGUAAGAGUGGCGAGUGCGUGGACGGCAGGAAAGUGUGUGAUGCUCAGAGGGACUGCCGGGACUGGUCGGAUGAGCCUCUGAAAGAGUGUGGCCUGAACGAGUGUCUGCACAACAAUGGCGGCUGUUCCCACAUCUGCACCGACCUUAAGAUUGGCUUUGAGUGCACGUGCCCUGCAGGCUACCAGCUCCUGGACCAGAAGACCUGUGGCGACAUCGACGAGUGUGAGGACCCAGAUGCCUGCAGCCAGAUCUGUGUCAAUUACAAGGGCUACUUUAAAUGCGAGUGCCACCCUGGCUACGAGAUGGACACACUGACCAAGAACUGCAAGGCCGUCGGUGAGGAAAUCCCCUGUGGCUCAGCUGGUAAAGAAUCUGCCUGCAAUGUGGGAGACCUAGCUGGCAGAAGUCCAUCCCUGAUCUUCACCAAUCGGCACGAAGUGCGGAGGAUAGACCUGGUAAAGCGGGACUACUCACGGCUCAUCCCCAUGCUCAAGAACGUCGUGGCGCUGGACGUUGAAGUUGCCACCAAUCGCAUCUACUGGUGUGACCUCUCCUACCGCAAGAUCUACAGCGCCUACAUGGACAAAGCCAGCAACCCUGUGGAGCAGGAUGUCCUCAUUGACGAGCAGCUGCACUCUCCUGAGGGCCUGGCAGUGGACUGGGUCCACAAGCACAUCUACUGGACCGACUCCGGCAACAAGACCAUCUCCGUGGCCACAGUCGAUGGCAAACGCCGUUGUACUCUCUUCAGCCGCAACCUCAGCGAACCCCGGGCCAUUGCCGUCGACCCCCUGCGAGGGUUCAUGUAUUGGUCUGACUGGGGGUUCCAGGCCAAGAUUGAGAAGUCCGGGCUCAACGGUGUGGGCCGGCAGACACUGGUGUCGGAUGGUAUUGAGUGGCCCAACGGAAUCACCCUGGAUUUGCUGACCCAGCGCUUGUACUGGGUGGACUCCAAGCUGCACCAGCUCUCCAGCAUUGACUUCAGUGGAGGCAACAGGAAGAUGCUGAUUUCCUCCCCUGACUUCCUAAGCCACCCUUUUGGGAUAGCUGUGUUUGAGGACAAGGUGUUCUGGACAGACCUGGAGAAUGAGGCCAUUUUCAGUGCAAAUCGGCUCAAUGGCCUGGAAAUCUCCGUCCUAGCUGAGAACCUCAACAACCCACAUGAUAUCGUCAUCUUCCAUGAGCUGAAGCAGCCAAGAGCUGCAGAUGCCUGUGAGCUGAGUGCCCAGCCCAACGGCGGCUGUGAGUACCUGUGCCUUCCUGCUCCUCAGACCUCCAGCCACUCCCCCAAGUACACGUGUGCCUGUCCUGACACAAUGUGGCUGGGCCCUGACAUGAAGAGGUGCUACCGAGCACCUCAGUCUACCUCAACUACGACGUUAGCCUCCACCACAGCGAGGACACUAGCCGACACCAGCAGAGCCCCUGGGACCACCACCCACAGCCCCACCUACCAGAACCACAGCGCAGGGACACCAAGCCUGGCCGCCGCGGCCCCAAGCUCAGUUAGCGUCCCCAGGGCUCCCGGCGUCAGCCCGUCCACCCCAAGCCCUGCAACCAGCAACCACUCCCAACACUAUGGGAAUGAAGGUGGAAAGAUGGGCUCCACAGUCACAGCCGCUGCCAUUGGGAUCAUCGUGCCCAUGGUGGUCAUAGCCCUGCUGUGCAUGAGUGGCUACCUGAUCUGGAGAAACUGGAAGCGGAAGAAUACCAAAAGCAUGAAUUUCGACAAUCCAGUGUACAGGAAAACUACCGAAGAAGAGGAGGAGGAUGAGCUGCACAUAGGGAGGACUGCUCAGAUUGGCCAUGUCUAUCCAGCAGCAAUCAGCAGCUUUGAUCACCCACUGUGGGCAGAGCCCUGUCUUGGGGAGACCAGAGAACUGGAAGACCCAGCCCCUGCCCUCAAGGAGCUUUUUGUCUUGCCGGGGGAACCAAGGUCACAGCCGCACCAACUCCCGAAGAACCCUCUUUCCGAGCUGCCUGUCGUCAAGUGCAAGCGAGUGGCAUUAAGCCUUGAAGAUGAUGGACUGCCCUGAGGAUGGGACCACUCCCUUCGUGCCUCAUGGAAUUCAGUCCCAUGCACUACACUCUGGAUGGUGUAUGCCUGGAUGGAAGGGUUUCUGUACUUGAGUCUGUGUGUAUGUGUGUGUGUGUGUGUGUGUAAUUUUUUAAAUUUAUGUUGCAGAAAGGUAACCACAAAGUUAUGAUGAACUGCAGACAUCCAAAGGAUGUGAGAGUUUUUAUAUGUAUAAUGUUUUAUACACUUUUUAACUGGUUGCACUACCCAUGAAGAAUUCAUGGAAUAGCUACUGCUGAGUGACUAACAUGAUGUACAUAACCAAAUGGGGCCGAUGGUACAGUAGCUUACUCAUCAUUUAAAAAUUAUAUUUACAGAGGGCUUUUGGUUUGGAGGGUCUUUUUUAGGUUUCAGAGUUAUGUUUUGUUUUUGUUUUUUUUGUAAAUAGAAUGAUAAUGCUUUGUGGCUAUCCAUCAACAUAAGUAAAAAGAAAAAAAAAAGAAGACACUUCACUUCCUCUCCCAUUUAGGUUAUUUAUUAACAUAAUUCAAAACCAAGAUUAGCUCUGUAAGUAAUUUAUAGAUGUGAGAGUAUUUAUUUUUGGUAUGAUUGGCCCACUGUGUGGUCUCUGUGUGCAUUUAUGUUUCUGCGUGUACGUGAGUGAGAAAGAAAAAUCUGUAGAGAAGAGGCACACCUAUGGCUGUUGUUCAGUUACAUAAAGAUAAGUAUAUUUUAAAACAAUCCACAAGAGAGGGGUAUCUGUAGUUUUCAGAGAAGCCUUUGUAAAUUUGGCUCAGAAAAGAGAGAUCGUGAUUUGUGCAAACAUGCAGUGGAAGAGGUAGAGCUUUUCUGCCUCUGGCUGCUACUGGGACUCCAGCCAGUCAGAAAAGGGCCCCUCAGCUCACAAGGGGCUGCCGUAGCUCUCACCUGGGCUUUCUCUUCUGUGGCUAAAGCCAGUGUACAGACUUCACACCGUACCCAAAGUUCUCGCAAGCUCAGGUGAGAACAUUCCUGAACCUCAGCUACUCCUUGUUUUAAAGUCCAGCAUUUCAAGUAACUUCAUUUUCCUUCAGGACACCUGGAUUGAAUUCAUUGUUUUCUCUGAAGCAUACUGAGGGUGCCAUCCUUACUUAGAAAGAGCUAAGUGGAGAUGUUUUUAGAACCUCCCAAGUUUACUUUAGGGACUGGCUCAGACACUUACCUCUGAGUAUCCUAUGGGUGAGGAUAAGGACGGAGGAAUAGGUUUUGUUCAUCUCUAUUUCGCCCUUCCCCUUACUCUCUGCCACAUCCUUAAGGUGGGGAAAACAGUUUAAGGUGAUACAUAGGUUUGUUACCAUCAUGUGUCUACAUAGAUGAACUGCUAUUUGGCUUAAAUCAGAAAAAGUGGCCAAACCUAAAGUCCUGUUUGAGGAGGAAAUGGCAUACACAAUAUUAUAGUUCACUGGAUAUAUAUGUUCACACAGGAAUUUGGUUUACUGCUUUGUAAAUAAAAGGAAAACUCUGGGUA